CCCCCUCUAAAAAGGCGACCCGGAGGACUCGAAACUUUCCUUUUGCUUCAUUAGAAAGAGAGCAAUUCCACCAUUUCCAUCUCAUAUUCUCCCCUGCGCACUGGCAAUUCGUUAGCGCAUUGUGACCUUCCUUUUGUUGUAUGGAAUGAUAGUGUGGACCGCGCCAAGACUCCACAUCUCCAGACCAUCGCCAGGAGUCAAAUUUAUUUAAUUUCCAGACCCUGACAAAACAGUGAUGCGUGUCUUUGAGCUUCCCCUCCUUUUGAUCGCCAUUUCGAUUUCGUCGCUGAAUUGCUGAAUCGCUCAAUCGCUCAGUCACCUUCCACUCCUUACUGCCCUCUUGCGCAUUCCUGCCGUGCAAGUCAUGCCGGGAUAAUGGUAGCUCCUGCACCGUUAUCGCCAGUGGGUUCGGAGUUGCGCCCGGCGGCCGAAGCUGUACCCUUUGAUGAGACUGUCGCAGCUCAGCGGCCCCUUGCCAUCCGUUCAGUCUCACUGCCCACCCCGUCCGAUCCGCCACAUGAACCUAAUGGCCGGUCCUUCAGCACCAGCGCCGCCUCUCCUGAAUCCGACCAUCGUCCCGCGACAGCUCGCUCGGUGCGCAAUACCCAACGGAAUGGAGGACUGACGCCGCCGACACCAUCGGGCGAGGACUUUGGGACACCCAGGUCAGAGGAUGAUCAAUCCGUAGCGCCUUCGUUGCACAGCGUGCCCAGUAUCGUCAUUCAUGACAGCUCUCGUCCGAGCUCACGUCCAGGGUCUCGGCCAGGUUCUCGAUGGUCUGAACGCAAGUGGGGUGGACUGAGAAAGAGGUCAGCAGAGUUGGAACGCAAAAUGAGUAUGGAGGAGCUUCCUCCUGUGCCUCAGAUCGAACCAGAGUUUAGUGGAAUCAGCUUGGACAUACCAACGGCAUCCCUGGGUGGGCUGGGCCAGGGUAUGAAAUUUUCGACCCGUGGCAGUCUCAUCAGAGACCGAUCGAAGCGUCCAUAUCCUGCGUUGCCGAAAGAGAAGCAGUUGGAGGGCGUGUCUGAAAAGGGCCCCGCAUCGAUCUCAGAGGAGCCAUCUGUUCAAUCAGUGACAGAGACAGGGAUCGCACCAGAGGCACCGCCUUCGACGCCAAGUGUCCAGGACGAGUCAAACGAUGAGAACCUUCAUGCGGUGCAAAGUGAGAAGAAAGAUGCGACCAACGGUGCUCCCACGGCAGUGCCCCGUGCCAGGCCACAAAGUAGCCUCCGCCCAAGGCAAACGAGCCUCCAGAGUAGAGCUAUCUCGGCCGAUGAGGACAUGCUAUCCCGACGUGUUCGGCUGAUGUAUGAGAAAGGCGACGACAAUGUCACUGAUGCUGAGGUCGCCAAGGCAAUAGCAUCUGAGAAUGGCGUUCUCUGGGAAGAGCCGACCACCCCCGACAUCGAAACAGCUUCCACACCUCCCCCAGAGAUGAUUUUAACCGACCACAAGGGUCGAGCAUCUGAAGAAGUUGAACGCAUCAGGAUGAAAAGAGAGACACGGGAACUAGCAGGAGGCAUCGAGUAUUGGCAAGACGUGGGGGCAGGACAAGUUGAUCGCUAUGGCUUCAUUCACGCGCCGGCUGAUGAGCCUCACCCUAUUCAAAGGGUGACUACGAGCCUUCUCCUUGCCUCCGAGGCCCCUCGGCGGAAGCGUUCAAUUCGACCACCGACCGCUCGUGCAAGUACCCGGUCCUUCAGUGCUCGAUCCCCCACGCGCGAUUUCUCCCAGAGCUCUGCAACCGGUCGUCCAAACUCAUCAAGAAGCACACACAGUAUGCCAGUUCGGCGUUCCACAUCGCGUCUUCGGUCCGCGACCAACCAUCUUCCACACAACAGAGAUCGAAAGACCAAAGAUGAAGCCGGCGACAUGUUGACUUUGCCUGGUGAUGUUAUAGGCGAAGGCCAAGAUACUGCUGCUGCACGUGCGAUGCGGAGGAAGGAGUGGGAGCGUGAGGACAAGUGGACUAAAAUGGCGAAGCCAGUCCAGAAAACCCGCGAUGGUGGCGGCAUGAAAUUCGAGUUUGACACGCAUAGCAGCAAGCUGAUUGAGCGAACUUGGAAGGGUAUCCCCGACCGAUGGCGCUCAACAGCCUGGUACUCAUUCCUCGAGAGCAGCGCAAGGCGUCAUGAAAACAGUCCCUCCGAAGACACGCUCAUUGCAGCCUUCCACGACUAUCAGUACAUCUCCUCGCCGGACGAUGUCCAAAUUGAUAUUGACGUGCCCCGUACCAUCACAAGCCAUAUCAUGUUCCGCCGGCGGUAUCGUGGUGGACAGAGGUUGCUGUUCCGAGUACUUCAUGCCAUGUCAUUGUAUUUUCCAGACACUGGCUACGUGCAAGGUAUGGCGGCGUUAGCGGCAACGUUGCUCGCCUACUAUGAUGAGGAGCACGCAUUCGUCAUGCUCGCGCGACUUUGGCAGCUGCGUGGUCUCGAAGAGCUGUACAAGUCGGGAUUUGCGGGUCUUAUGGAGGCCCUGGAUGACUUUGAGCGAGAGUGGCUCGCUGGUGGUGAAGUGGCCUCGAAACUGAACGAAGUCGGAAUUCCUCCAACGGCGUACGGCACCCGAUGGUAUCUCACCCUCUUCAAUUAUUCCAUUCCGUUCCCUGCGCAGCUCCGGGUGUGGGACGUCUUUAUGCUCCUCGGGGAUGCGGAGGACCUCACUGCCUCUGCCCGGCCAAACACCUCGUCCGGUAAGGCCAAGGGGGACGUGCCUGCCCCUCGCUCAAGCACUUUCGGGCAAGGACUUGAUGUGCUUCAUGCCACCUCCGCAGCCCUCAUUGACGGCAUGCGCGACAUCAUUCUCGAAUCUGAUUUCGAAAACGGCAUGAAAGUUCUCACCAGCUGGGUCCCAAUCAAGGAUAUUGAAAUCUUCAUGCGCGUUGCCAAAACGGAGUACAAGGUCCACCGUCGCAAGAAGGCGACAUAAUUAAUCCUCCGGUCGAAUCGACAUGAUCGUCUAUCUUUCUCACUAAUCAUUGCUCUCACAAUCGUUUGAUACCCUAAUGAUCCGGAUGCAUACCGAGAACCCCCUUUUGAUGUCUAAUUCCUUAUACCCAUUCACCCUCUCGGCAACCAUUAUAUCGUGGGAUGUCUGAUUAUUGUGGAAAGCCCAGUCUUAUGUGGUGUGUGUCUUUUGAAUUUAUUAAUACCCUUUCUACCCUGUUUUGACCUCCGUCACGUUCCCUAUGUACUUGAUUCCCCUUCUUCUUCAUUAUACAUCUAAUCUUGGCUCAACUGCCAAUUGGUUUCGGUGAUUUCCCUCGAUGAUAUCUACCCAUCCCUCCUCCACGUUCCUUCGACGUUUUCUUUUUUUCUUGUCUCUUCUCCCGUGCCAUGCGUUUCCACACAACAUCAUUGUACAUUCCCGUCUCAUGUACUUCUGGCUUGAGCAAGCUUUGAUGUGCCAAUUAUUGGAUGGGCCACAGGCCUCACAAAAAAGUACAUCAUCAAAGUGAGGUCAAGUCUGCCGUGUCUGAUUAAUUGCUUGCCCUUGACACUUACUCUGGCUUGGACCCGUGACUUGUGCUAUGAAAUAUUUCUACAUAAAAUGCUCCAAGGCGCCGAUACAGCUGAUCCCCUUGGAUCAGAUGGUAUCUCAUCAGUUGAUCGUAAUUGCUAUCGGCGUCUAUAUUUUGGCAUAUAUCUAUAGAUUUCAUUCUUCGCCACUAAUAUCUCUUGUGUGUCUCUGUAAGGUACCUCACUG